CAGUUAUGUCUAGCCACUUUGCCACUUAAUUUUUAUUUAAGGGUUUUUUUUUUUUUUUUUCCCCCUUCGGGAGGGGGUUGUCUAUGGAUGUCCUAUCUUUCCAGUAUCAUUUGUUGAAAAGAUUAUCUUUCCUGCAUUAAACUGCUUUUGGACCUUUGUCAAAAAUCAGUUGGACCAGUUUGUGUUGGCAAAGUUUAGCCUGAAGCUUAUUCCAACAGGUGAGAAAAGUCCACAGUUUAAUCAUUCCUCCCCAACUUGUAACCCCGCCCUGAACUUCUGGACUCAAGCGUUGGAGAUGUCAGGCGGACCUCGGGCCGCUCUGCGGUGGGUCAGCCCAUCAGGGCUGUUUUCCCACCACACACCGCGCAAGCGGAGUCUAUGCCUGUUACCCACACUCCCUGCGCCCCCGCACCCCGCUCCUGUGAUCACGUCGGAAUUUAAAGCGGCGGAGCAGAGAGCACUUGGACUGUCCAAUUGGUUGCUGCGGCCAUCUCUGCGAGCAGCGCGUUUGUCUUCUAGGCUGUUUAGUUCGUGCCUCCGAGAAAGGAGUCUCCUGCUGCCAGCUAAGUGUGAGAGAACUUGUGCGCGCAUCUCCCCUCCGAAUCCCAGCGAUGGGUAACGUUAGCUUUGGCUCCAAGGAACAACAGCAGCUGCUGGAGCGGUUGCGGCUCCUGCCCGCGAUGCUCAUCCUCCGCGCCUUCAAGCCCCACAGAAAUAUCAGCGAUUACCGCGUCGUGGUGGUCGGCACCGCUGGUGUGGGGAAAAGCACGCUGCUGCAGAAGUGGGCGACCGGCAACUUCCGUCAUGAGUACCUGCCAACCAUUGAAAAUUCUUACUGCCAGCUGCUGGGCUGCAGCCACGGUGUGCUUUCCCUGCACAUCACCGACAGCAAGAGUGGCGACGACAACCACAACCGCGCUCUGCAGCGCCACGUUAUAGCCCGGGGCCAUGCCUUCGUCCUGGUCUACUCAGUCACCAAGAAGGAAACCCUGGAAGAGCUGAAGGCCUUCUAUGAGCUGAUCUGCAAGAUCAAAGGUAACAACCUGCAUAAGUUCCCCAUCGUGCUGGUGGGAAAUAAAAGUGAUGACACCCACCGGGAGGUCGCCCUGAGUGAUGGUGCCACCUGUGCGCUGGAGUGGAAUUGCGCCUUCAUGGAGAUCUCGGCCAAGGCAGAUGUGAAUGUGCAGGAGCUGUUCCACAUGCUGCUGGAUUACAAGAACCAGCCCGACCCCGACCUCCAGGAGCCCCAGAAGAAGUCCCAGACGCCCAAGACCAUUGAGAAGAUGCUUGACAAGUGCAUAAUCAUGUGAGCCCCGGGCCUUAAGAGCCAACCCUUCCUACCCUGUAGUGUAUAGAAAACGUGGACUAAUUUCACUGUGUUACCUGUACAUGGCUGAUUUUGUGCUGUUGUUUAGACUGUAACAAUCAUAUUGCCAAUAAAUGUACCUUGUAAGUUGAUAACUUUACCUUUUCCCUGGCCAGAUAAUUCAAAUUGUUAAAACAUUGGCAUUUGAAGAGGAAAACAAAAAGGAACAUGAUGCAUUCAAAGUAAGGCCUUUAAUAAUAAAUUUAAUAAGAGAAAAUGUUUUGAAAAGAACAAAAUGUCAAAAUGAAUAGAAAGAGAAAUUGGAAGGUGUCCUUUUGGUAACCCUAUUAUUGUGUACAACUUUAAAACAUUCCACAACCUGUAAGUGUUUAAUCGUAUCUUUGAAUUGUGUAAUUAAGAAAUGUGUUUUUACAACAAAGCUUUUGAUAAAGUGCUUCGAGACAUAUAUGCUAAACAAAAAGAAAGAAUAUGCUAUAGCUGAUCAUUAGGGGUGUGGGAGCAGAGAAAACUGUGAAAGUGGAACUCUCUCACUAAAGAUGUUAGUAGUUUCCCAUGUCAUUGAAAAAUGUUUGAGUAUUCUGCUAACAGUUUUUAAAAGUGUAACAGCUUCUUGACUUAAUAAAGCUUUUCCUGCAUGCAA